ACUCUCUUACUUCAGUUAAGGGGCUGGUCAGCUUGAGAGAUCGAGUAGGCCUAGAGUUUUACUUUCAUUAAUAUUUCAGCGAAAUACGGUAUUUUGUUUUGAUUCGCGUUCUUCUUGCGGCUCUAAUAUGGUGUGAAAGGGGAAGCGAGCUGAUCCGGAGCUGAUAUAGCUUGGAGUUUGACCAAAAUUUAUAGAAAAUUGUAUACAUGUAGAUGAUCCUGGCCUUGACAAUGGAUUUCACAGAGACUUACCCAGACACAUUUUCCAGUGUGACAUUGGCAAUCAGAGCAGGAAAUAAAUCUGGAUUACUGACCCUGAUUCGACAAGGGAAACCUUUGGAUGUACCGGACAACAGAGGCUGGAGACCUAUCCAUGAAGCUGCAGCAGCAGGCAAUGUGCAAUGUCUUCAGAUGCUUGUUAAUCACUUUGAUGAAGAAGAUGUAAAAGAUGAGCUCAACCAACGAACGUUUGAAGGAGAAACGCCAUUGUUUCUGGCUGCUAAGGCGGGUCACCAUGAUGUGGUUUCUGUUCUUCUCCAGAAUGAAGCAGACCCAAACAUACCCAAUAAUGAGGAUGGCUCUUCUAUAUUACAAGCUGUGUGUGGAAACCAUAUCCGUUGUGUUGAGCACCUGACCAGAGCAGGAGCAGACCUGAAUGCUAAGUACUACAAUGGUUGGACCCCUCUACAUGAGGCUGCUAGCCAAGGCAAUGUAGCCAUCACAGAAUACUUGCUCAAUGCCAACGCCAAUAUAGGAGCAAGAGAUGAUCAUGGUAUACAGCCCGUCUUUGUUGCAGCUCAGUAUGGAAAAAUAGACUGUCUCAAUAUGCUUCUAGAUAGAGGAGGAGAUAUCAACAGUCAGGCUCAGGACAAAGCCACUCCGUUAUACAUCGCUACCCAGGAGAAUUAUGUUGAUAUUGUUAAAGUGCUCUUGGAGAGGGGAGCAAGCCCCAAGAUAUUGGUGGAGGAUGGCUAUCUACCUAUUCAUGUUGCUGCGUAUAAAGGACAUACUGAGUGUCUGGAGUUACUGUUGGUCCAUUAUGAUACAUACACAACGCUGGACUGUCCCGACACACCUCUCCAUCUAGCCAUAGAGGGUGGUCAAAGAGAAACGGUCAAGUUCUUGAUUGAACAUGGGUUUGAUGUGAACACAGGCUGGAAGCUCCCACCGGUCCAGUUAGAGAAGGUGCGCAACACUCGUCCCCAUUUCCUACCUCCACUUACCAUGGCUGUCAUGGAGAGACAGAAAGACCUGGUACAAGACAUGCUUGCCAUUGGGGCGUCGGCUAACUGCAGGGACUUUCCCCCUGUUACAGCCUACAAGUGCCCCUUCUAUGCUGCUUUCCCCAGUAUAAACAUCUUAGACAUUCUACUGAAGCACUGUAAGGGAGCACGAUGUCCCCAUUCAAAGUGGACAAUGUUCAGGGUAUUCUCUCGAUCCAAGGACCUGGAAGCAAUCCAGUUCCUCCUUGACCGUGGUCAAGAGCUGGAGCCAGAGUGUGAUGACUGUUCAGAUGACACCAAGGGCUACUGCCCUCUCAAGGAUUACGCUGUAGGCCAGAAGGACUUCUUUGAGGCACUGGUCAGACUCUGGUGGGAGUAUAUUAGUUUUCAACCUCGCUGUAAAUAUGUAAUGGAUGCGCUCAAGCCACAUGUUGAUUGCCCUCGUUCACUGAUGCACCUGUCUCGCAUGGUUGUGAGGGAGAGGCUAGGACCUCACAGACUGUUCACAGAGAGUGCCAUUAGAAACCUACCCAUACCAAACAUCAUACAAGACUAUCUUCUACAUAGGUGACAAGAGAGUAGUAUGCUGAAUAGUAGGUAACCAUCCCAGCUUGAUAUCAUCUGAGAUGGUGUUUCAUAAAGGUUUUUGUGAAGUUAUGUAUGACUUGAAGAAAUAUGAAAUGCCAAAAGCGUGCUAAUGUUUUCCAGACAUUCUAAUAAAUUCUAAUAAAUUUAAUAGAAUAGACCAGUUCUGAGUUACUUCAUGGGCGAUUUGGGUAAUUUCUUUCAUUAUGAUAGGCAGAUUUCAAAGCAAGAUAUUAUGUAAGCAUGCCUUACAUAGCAGGAUACAGAAAUUGCAUAGACCAUCAGGUGAUCAGCAUACCAGUCUAAUGAACACUCCAUGAAGGUAUUUGUUGCAUUUCUACUCUGAAUGCAUUGGCAUGUUGUUAUGACUAUGUACUUGGCAGACUGUGAAGUCGCUAUUGAACACAUUGUUGUUUUUUGUGGAUCUAAUGAACAGGCUGGCCUCGAGACCGCAAAAUCGUCCUCAAGUAUAGAGGUCAAUCCUCGGCCUCAGACGCAAUCCUCGGGGCAAGGCCAGUCGAGUCCGGCAGAAUUUUAGGGUGUGCAAAUGCCGAAAGUGACAGUUUCUCUAAAAUGUUAUUGAAACUAUUAGAGAGAGAUAGGGGGGGAGUCGAAUGUCGAGUACGCCCAUCCACCUGUAUGAGUAUGCCCUUCUUACUUACUUUCUUUUGUCUUUUUAUUUUGUUCUUGAUGUCAAAGCCAAUUCAUGCAGCGCAGAUGCACUGCAUGCAUGCUUCACUGACAAUGACGUGACGGAGACUAGACUUUGCAAUGCACGUGCGCAUGCUCAUACUGUAAAAAAAAAUGUUUUGCGCGUGCACCAUUAUGUCAAUAUCUUGGUAUUGUCAUUUUGAAAUUUACGUUCAACAUUCAAUGAUAUUUCAAAGUGAUAACCCUUCCACUUUUCAUCAAACUAGAGUGAAACUUGGACUUUGCCCCAGGCUUUCAGAUUGUUUUGAAAUCAAAUUGUCUGUAGACACCCAGACAAUUUGAUUUCAAAACAACUCAAAAAACUGAGGCAAAGUUUUAAAAAAUCUAGUCGACCUCUAAGGAUUAAUAAUAUGGUUAAUUGGGUAAGUGUUUAUGUAUGAGUGUGUGUGUGUGUGUAUGAAUUACUAGUAUAUGAGUGUACUGCACAAUGUAAAGUAUACCCGUAUGUAUAUGAGCAUCAGUAUAUGUUUGUUAUGGAGGUGUGGAAAAACAAACCAUAACCAAAACAAAGAGCAUCACUGGGCAAAGGAAUGACAGGUAUUUAGGGUCCCUAUGAAAUCUUUUGCCAUUGCCACCAAAUAAUAUCACAAUACUUGGCCAUUGCUGGCCUUUUCCUGGCUCUCCAGCCUUGGCCGGCCUUGUAUUGGAAUAUUCGGCCUCGGUCUGGCCUCAAAGGACCUCUUGUUUGACCAGAAGAAUUUUUGUCUGCUUUCAGCAAAGAUAAUUCACCUGCAUUUGACUUGUAUUGUGUUGUGUAAUUUUACAAGUUUUCUCAAUCUCUGCUGUAUUGCGUAAUAGAGGUUUUCUGACAACCUUGUAAUGGGUACAACCUGUCUUUGACCAUUUGAUAUUAUGUGUUAAAGCAGAAAAUAGUAACAUAUGAAGUAAACUACCUAUAGUAAUGUUAAGUGCUGGUAAAAUUAAUUUUACCUGCUAAAUUAGGAAACUCUAUUUACACUGGAUCUCUUCAUACCGAGACAGACUUUGUGAGUGUUGAUCAAUUUCAAACUUGAAUCAAAGUGGUGAUUUGAUAUUUGUAAAGCUUGAAACCAUCUUCUCAUUUGCUACAAAACUGGAGCACAAAAGAAAAAAAAAUAAUGAUCCAAAUUUACCUUUCAUUAAGCCUUCUGAAUUAAAUUGUUGCCAAUCUGUUAGUUUCAGGCUCUUUGAAGCUUUAGAUACUGACUGAUUGUACAUCUUGAUAUUUUUCUUUGAUAAUUCCAUUCAUCAAUUUGAAAUCAAAUAUUCCUACCUCACUGAUAAAAUGAAUUAUACCCAUUCAUCAUAAAGGAUGAAUGAAAGGCCUGUCAGUAUCUAUCAUUGAUGACAUUUUCAGCAUGUUUCACUUGUUUGUUAUAUCAUUCCUGAGAUUGAUAGGCCAAAGUCCUCCCCAAAAAAAUUUGAUUUAAAUUGAAUGAGAAAUGUAAAAUUAGCAUAUUCUCGGUUUUGAAAAUUAGGUAUCAGUACUACACUGAUGUCUCUUCAUUUUUUUUUCAAAAGAAUAAUCUUUUUCUCAAUCAUCUAUACAUGUAUAUACAUGUGUAUUUGUCAAAGAAUCUUGGUUUUUAUCUAUACUGAAAGCUCCAAAAAUUGUUGUUCAAGGGUAAAUUCACAUUGACAAUAAGUUUAUUGUAAAAAUUGCAGAAAAAUAUAGAAUACUGCUGAAGGUUUGAGUAAAAUCCAUCAAAGAAUAUAAAGCUAUUAGAAUUUUAAUUACAUAUGCGAUCAGCUCUUCUACAUAUCGAAUUGUAAAAAAUCAGUGAAAUGUCAUUUUCUCAGAAAAUUGAAAAUGGUUUUUACUGUACAUUCAGUGUAUCAAGAGGCAUAUCAUUUUACACCCAUUCCUAAAAAAAAUAAAAAUAAGUCAUCACUAACCAUUAAAAAAUUAAAAUUUAUGCAUUUCA